ACUCUCUCUCUCUCUCUCUCUCUCUCCAACUCAUACACACACAACCCUAUAAACUAACACUUCUUUCCUCACUUCUCGGAUCCUGGUUCUGUCUGAAUCUGAGUCAACCCUUAUGGAUCCUUCACUGGUGAACGAUUCAUCCUUCUCUCCAGCGAAUCCUUCCUCUUACACUCUCUCCGAGAUUUGGCCCUUCCCUGUCAACGACGCCGUUCGCUCCGGUCUACGUUUAGCUGUCAAUUCCACUCCCUCUGAUAAAGACGUCUCUACGGCUGCUGCUGCUGCUGCGGCGGCGGAGGAAUCUACGGUCACGGACUUGACUGCAGGCUGGGGAGGGAGAAAGGCUCGAGCUUUGAACUCGGAGGAGGACGAAUCUUCGAAGAUGGUUUCUUUAAGCAGCAGCGGUAAUGAAGUGAAAGACUCUGGGGAAAAGAAAAGGAAACUUUGUGGAUCUGAAAGUGGGAAUGGAGAUGGGUCAAUGAAACCUGAAGGUGAAACGAGUUCAGGUGGUGGAAGCAAAGCAACUGAACAGAAGAACAAACCUGAGCCACCAAAGGAUUAUAUCCAUGUCAGAGCAAGAAGGGGACAAGCUACUGACCGGCAUAGUCUAGCUGAGCGAGCUAGGAGAGAAAAGAUCAGUGAGAAGAUGACGGCUCUUCAAGAUAUAAUCCCGGGAUGUAAUAAGAUAAUAGGAAAAGCACUUGUGCUCGAUGAGAUUAUCAACUAUAUUCAGUCAUUGCAGCGGCAAGUUGAGUUUCUGUCAAUGAAGCUAGAAGUGGUUAACUCUGGUCCAAGUACUGGUCCAACAAUAGGUGUUUUUCCAACAGGAGAUCUGGGGACUUUACCGAUAGACCUCCAUCGAAAUAUAUAUGAGCAACAAGAAGCCAAUGAGUCCCGGGGAUCUCAUCCAGAGUGGCUUCAUAUGCAGGUUGAUGGGAGCUUUAACCGAACCACAUAAAAAAAACAUCUCUUCUUUAAUGGUUGUGUUCUUGUAGGCAGUAAAAAAAAUGAAUGCAACCUUUUAUCUUUUUACUAUGUAUGUUUUUAUCAUUUUGCUGUUAAAAUCACCUGUAUUGUUAUAUCAGAAAGAUAGAAUUGAAGGGUGGUGAGCAGGGAGAUUAACACUUUAUAAAAAAACAACACUGUUGUAUUGUCAAAGUGAUUCGGUAACAGAGAUCUCAUAUCUUGACCUUGUACAA